CGUGUGUUUUGGGGGAUUUCUGAAAGCAGGAUAUUUAACCUCUGUUGGUGCUGCCUGAAUGAAGCUGUGCGCAGACUGUUUACUGAAGUCUCGGGCUGGGAUUGUGAAAGAAAACAAAAACACUGACAUUUUACAGCAGUCCAAUCUCUGUAUUAAAAAUUAAAUGCCAUUAACACUGCAAACAAUGGACACACCAAGCAUCCGUUUUUAAGACCAGGUGUUCUGUGAACAACACCCAGGCUCUACCUGUGCUGCUAUGCCUCUGGUUCAGGAAAGAGCUCUGGAUUAAGAAGGACCCCCUCCCUUAAGGAAGUCACCCCAAGCCCCCUCCUCUUCUCCUGGCCCCCAGAAUGAGUGGCCAGCGCGUGGAUGCCAAGGUGGUGAUGCUGGGUAAAGAGUAUGUGGGCAAGACCAGCCUGGUGGAGAGAUAUGUCCACAACCGCUUCCUCGUGGGGCCCUACCAGAACACUAUCGGGGCAGCAUUCAUUGCCAAACCAAUCCAAGUAGGAGAGAGAGUGGUGACCCUGGGGAUCUGGGACACGGCUGGAUCAGAGCGAUACGAGGCCAUGAGCCGGAUCUACUACCGAGGAGCCAAAGCAGCCAUUGUGUGCUACGAUCUGACCGACAGUAGCAGUUUUCAGAGGGUCCAGUUCUGGGUGAAGGAAUUGCAGAGCUGUGAAGAGCACUGCAGAAUCUACUUGUGUGGCACCAAGAGCGACCUCAUUGGGAACGACCGCAGCACGAGGAAGGUGGAUUUCCACGAUGUCCAGGACUACGCUGACGAGAUAAAAGCUCAGCUGUUUGAAACGUCAAGUAAAGAGGGUCAGAAUAUAGAUGAGCUGUUCCAGAAAGUAGCUGAGGAUUAUCACAACAGCACCGCCUUCCAACUGAUGACAGAGGAGGAGGGGGUCGACCUGGGACAGAAGAAGAACUCCUAUUUCUAUUCCUGCUGCCACUGAUCCGGGACCAGGGCAUACUGGGGGAGGGGGAGGGGUCCGCAUCCCUUCCGAAAACAUUUGUUGCUUUUAAAAAAGAAAAAAAAAAAAAACAUCAAUUUAAGUCAUUUUUCAAUGAGGCAGAAUCCACAGCAAGCCCUGGGUGUGGUUCCCUUGUGUCUUUCAGACAGUAAGCCAAUAAGAAGCGGGAUUCUGUUUGGAGCCAGCGAAGGACUGAAAUGCUGGCCCGUAAUUGGCUUCCUGUUGCAGUGAAGCUGUUGUGUUUGGUUUUAUCUGGAGCAACUACCUUGUAAUAAUCACCUCUUUGUAGAUAAGCAAGCCUAGUUAUGUAAAUACAUUGUGACUAUUUCAUUCAAUUUGUUGUGCUUGCUAACCCUGGCUGGACCUCUAACUGGACUGCUGCAGGCGGUUCGUGCACUGCUAACCUCAAGAAUCUUACCUUGCAAUAGGUUUAUUUAUUUCUCUCAUUGCACUGUAUAGCCUAAAGUAGGAAUUUAAGAUACAUGCUUAUUGCAUUUUGACAGUGUUGAGAAAGCAAGUCAGGGGGUUACAGCAUGUACUCCCUAAACAUUAUUUAAUUUUUUUAGCAACAUUUAUCUAGUUUUCUGAAUUCUAGUUUAUCAACCUACUGUACAAAAAAAACCAAAAACACCCCUACAUAUUGUAGCAUGAUGUGGCGAGGUGGGAGUUCUCAAUGGUAUUGUACCUUACUACAGUGAACAAAAAAAGCUAUGCAGUGAGGGAUGUUGUUUCCAGUUUUAUAAAGAAGUCUGAUUAUUUACAGAGUGCCUAAAUGCAGCAUACAAAGCAUGUAGGUUAUAUUCUGUCUAUUUAUUCAGGGUGAUUUCAAACAAAAGCACAGUGCAGCUGAGAAAUAUGAAGCUGACAAAAGCUACUCCUGCAGCACAAAGCUGGAGGCGUCUGCGCUGCAGAUAGUAUUUAUUGGAAAACUCACCUGUGUCCAUCUAGUGCUAAAUAUCAAAGCACUUGGACAGCCUUAAGAAGCAGCUUCUCUCUCUGUGACUGGCAGUGUUCCUGAAAGAUUUCUCCACGGUGGUCUGAGUAGCAGGACAAUAAGCUUUCCUUGUGAUGAAUGGGGUCCACGUUGAGUGGACACACAUUGGCUAAAGAGAGCACCUGUGAUCCAUGCUCAUUUAUCUGCUGAGUGGUUGAUUUUGGUCUGUACUUCUUUACUAGUGUUUCCACAGCAGCAGUGUUGUGCCUGUACUGUUUCACCCUGAACACAUCUGCCUCGCUGUGCUUUGACAGUGGCAGCGAUUGUUCUGUUUUAAAUCAGUACAAAUAAAACCAAUAAAUGUUUUUUUAAGACAUGGUUAAAAACUGAAAAAUAGGAUGCUUUGGUUUCAACUGUAGCAGGAUAUAGAUGCAGAUGCCUUAACUUUUUUUUUUUCUUUUAAAUUGGUUUAAUUUCAUGUUAUGUCUUAUUAAACAGCUGUGGAUUCAA